CUCACAAGGAUUCCACGCGGAGUCCGCAAUUGGCAAAUCAUUAAGGAUCUUGUUCAAUCUCCCACCACCCCCCACCUCCCCCCACCACACUCAUCACCGUGGAGAAGAGCAAAGGACAACCCGCAUUGAAAAUGCGUUCUAGCAUCGCCUGCUCUCGUUGUAGGCGAAGCAAGAUCAAGUGUGUCAAUGCGGGUAUCGAUACUACUUGUCGGGCUUGUGAAUCAUCGGGGAGGGAAUGUUCCUAUCCGAUUCCUGCUCCGGGAGGAGGUACAGGUGGCACGAAACGUGACAUUGCGGCCUCCGGGGAUGGGGAUGAUCGGAAUGGCGAGUGGGACAGCCCCAAACGUCAGCGUUCAAGGAAAUCCACGAAUGCUACGACCUCAGGCGCAAAAGAUGCCAUUAAACCAACCAGCAAUGUCCUCGACUCGCCCAUCUUGACCGUGAAAGUAUGGGAGACCUUGUUCGAAUUCUUUCAGCUUCACUUCUCCACUAUCCUACCGUUCUUGCACCCCACUGCCUUCCUCACCCAGAUCCGUCAGCUUUCCUCGAGCUCAGCACAGCAGGAUGGUCAACCACCCGGUGACCACUCGCAGAGCCCAGGUCCAGCUUCAGAGACUUCUCCAUUGGUAUUGCUGGGCGUCCUGACCCUGACUGCUCGGUUCCACCCACAGCUGACUAGCUACCACUGUCCACCAUCACCUGUUGCCCCAUGCAACCCUCUUGUAGCCUCUGAAUUUUACGCGAACGCACUGCGAUCUAGACUCUCGGGAACCUACGGAGCGGACCUUACCUCCACCGACAUCAGUCGGGUUCAGGCGCUCCUAAUGCUAAGCUUACACGAAUGGGGGAUGUGUAGGGGUAAAAAUGCUUGGGUUUAUCUUGGGAUGGCAAUCAGACUGGCUCAGGCGGCGGACUUGUCAUUUGAACAGGAGAAUGAUCAGCCCCAACAGAGGACGCCCCUGCCGGGAAUGCUGAAUGCGGAAGUAGAACCACACGAUCAGAGAGGACAUACUUCGGACGAUGUGAUUGAACAGGAGACUAGACGUCGGACCUUCUGGAGUUGUUUUAUGCUGGAUCGAUACCUCAGUAGUGGCAAGUAUCGUCCGCGCGUGAUCAAGAUUCGGGAUGUAGAGAUCCAGCUUCCAAGCGACAACGCGUUUGCUUUCGGAGAGAGAGUCAGAACCUCACGUUUGAAUGAUGGCUUAAAACGCCGUUUUCAAAAUUACGAGUCUCGCGGCAUUCAGAUUCCCAGUCUACGAAAUAGUAUGGGCUACGGGGAAAACGCAAAAUUACGCCCAAACGGACCUUCAGAUCUGAAACAAUGGUCAUCGACUAGCCACCGCAGCGAGAUAGCGGAAAACAGUAUUGAUCGAUGGGAGAUGGGCGCGGAGGAGUGUGUUUUGGGUAGACUGGUUCGGAUGGUCAGGAUAUGGGGCAGCAUUGCAAAGUGGUCGUGUUCUGGAAACAGAAGGCUUGAUCAACACCCUCCGUGGCAUCCCGAUUCUCGCUUCAGCCCCCUUCGGCAACUUUUAGUCGAGUUCCAUGACGGUCUGUCCCGCAAUCUACAGUACACGCAACGCAAUACCGAUACCCAUAUUAUGUACAAGAACAGUUUGGCACCCUACUCACUUAUCCACAUUCUCUACUUCCUAUCCGUAAUCGUACUGCAUAGAGCUUACCUACCAUUCCUGCCAUUACGGUACCCUGAUCCGCAGGGGCCUCUUGACGAGCCCUGUUACCCCUUUGAUAAAUACCUUGCACCCGAGGCGUUCUGGCGCGAAAGUGCUCGGGAAUUGUUCAAUGCAGCACGCCAGAUGACGGAAUUGGUCAAAACGUGUCAGGAACGGGGUGUAUUAAUGGAAACUCCUGUGGUCGGCUUUGCCAUCUAUAAUGCUGCGCUGGUUGGUGUUUACGCUGCCCACUUUAAUCAGAUGGACCAAGAGGGUUACCUUUGUUCGAAACCGGGCUCGACAGAUGUUGUUCCAGGGUUGGGGUGCCAAGGACAAGUUGACGUACGAAGAGUGAUUGAGAUUUUAGGGGAGAUGAGGCCGCGGCUGAAAAUGGCUGGUGGUUGGUUCCGUACUAUUCAUCGCGUACAUGGCUAUUUUACCAAGGCCAGACGGGAUCUCAAGCGAAAUUCCCGGCAGCCGGACACUCUAAAUACUGGAACUGGUUCUGAAAACGAUAUUCGAACUAGUAACGGACGGGCUUACGGUGUCCGAGAACUGGCGCAUACAGGAUCAUCUGACGAACUGAAGCUCUUGGACAAGCUCUUUCUAGACCUUGGUAACGCAGAAGAUCAGGUAGCAGAAAAAAAUGGACCAGAUGAAGAUGGCACAGCAGGUUCGGCGAAUUUAGUGGAACGAAAGCCCAGCGACGUUGGCAGUACUGCCGUGAAAAGCGAAUCAGCGGAUGGUUUGGAUUCUCAUGCUGAUGGAGUGUCUAGUACGCGCAGAGAAUCAUGGGUACCCGUCAAUAGUGUCAACAGCCCAGUCCACGGACCCCUGCCGUCAUCCGCACCAGAGCAUGACAACCCCAUAUCCCGCCCCAGACCCUUGGAGAAUGACCGCUGGCCCAAUCUCGCCCCUCCGCAGCCACAGUGCUAUCCUCUCCCCUCAUUACAGCUAUCGCACAGCCUCCCUUCGUCAACCGCGUCAAACAAUCCGCCGCCAUCACUAACAUCUCCUGGGUCCUAUGCCUCCUCCACCCACAGUUCAACUGCACCAUCCACCAGCUCCCAACAACUCUCCGCAGCCUUAAACCGCCUCCAACCCAUCCAGCCAUGGAACACAUUCCGCAAACCGCCUCCGGCGCCUUACUCACAAUCUCUCCCUUCUCUCUCUGCUGCCGCACCACAUAGUUUCCCCAUGCCACCUCUGCCAGGCACGCAACAGCUCCAUCUUAACCCGCCCAGGUUUGAUGCUCCACCGCGGCCAUAUUCUGCCGGAAGCGCUAAUACCCCUAGCGGGAGUAGCAGCCCUGGUUGGAUGAGCUGCCUUGGAGGCGACGAUGUAAUCUUCUUCAUUGAAGGCGCCAGUCAAGACCAAUGGCCUUCCUCGACAGCCAGCUUACGAGGCCUUACGAAUGGGUGGUUGAGUACUGUUUGGUGUGAAAGUGGGCAGUAA